AUGGGAGGAAGGAAAAAGGUUAAGGAAGCUCCAGAAAAUGAUAAUGAAAAAAAGGUUACACAAAAGUCAGAACCUAGCAUUUCGGGAAGGGCGACUCGAUCUAUGACCCGUGCUGCUGGAAAUCAAGAAAUUGUAAUAGAAAAAACAACUGAGACUCGCAAAUCAUCUAAAUCCCAAAAAGUCAAAGAAGAAGCCACAGAAAAUACCCAGCCCAUUAAAAAAGCUCGAAAAAACCAAAAAGCUGUAGAAAUUGUUGAUGAUUCAAUAGAAAAAAUUGAAGAUUUGAUCGAUCAGUCAAAACCAAAGGGAAAAUCAGAAUCAAAUCCAAUUAUCAUAGAAGAAAAAAUAGAAAUUAAGACAGAAACCCCAAAGCUCAAUAAACAGAUUACAAAAGAUGUAGAAGAACUUGCAGAAACCAAGCAAAAUAAUAUACCUAAAUCUUCAGCGAAGAAAGAAAAAGGCGUGGAAAAGAUAGAAUACAAAUUUAAUGACGAAAAAUCUCCAGAUAAAGUGGAGAAUCCUCCACCAAAAGCAGCAGAAAAAUCAAUUGAAAAAUCCACAAAAUCAAAAGAAGUUCUCCCUUUUCCAAAUUCAAAAAAGCAAAAAGAAAAUUCUGCUAGCUCUGAUGAAGACUGCCAAAUGCUUACCGCAAAAAAUAUUUUUUCCAAAUCCGCAGGUUCAGCCAAAAAAAUGCUGAAAACUUUAUUUGAAAAGUCACAUGAAAUUCCAAGCUCAGGUAGCGAAAAAGAAGAGCCCAAAAAAAAGCAAAUCAAAAAAGAGGAGGAAGAAGAAGAAAGUGUUUCUAGUGAAAGUGAUCAAGAAAUUAAUAAGAAACCUCCAGUAAAAAAGCAGUUUAAAGAAGAUUCUGAAUCAGAAAAGAGCUCUCAUGAAGAAAAGUAUGAAUUUUCGCCUGAUUUAGUAAAAGAACUAAAUAUAGAAUUGCCUGAAGCUUCAUGCUCUAGCGAAUCUGAUGAAGAAAUUGUCAAAAAAAGCAAAAAAGAGAAAGCUGAAGAAAAUAAAGAUAAAAAAGAAGAAAAGAAAGAAAUCCCUGCAACCAAAAAUCAAGAGAAAGCAGAAGUAAGGAAUGACAAAUCAGAGUUUUUAAAAGAAAAAGUUAAGAGAAAACGGCAAAAGCGGCAAAAAUUAAAAGAAAAGCCAGCCCCAGAAAUGCUGAGAGAUGAACUACCUGGCAAAAAAAGAAAAAGAAGACAUGGAAAAGAUAAAGAUGCCACCAAAAAACAAAAAACAGAAGAAAGCACUGAAAAUUUGAAUCUAAAACGUGUCCCAGAUCAAAAUCCAGCUACAAAACUCACCAAGCCUAACGAAAAGCCCACAAUUCCUGAAGUUUUCAUUACAGGCCUCAGCUACAAAACCACAGAUUCAGACAUUCACGAAUUAUUCAAAAAUUGUGGAGAAAUUAGUUCCAUGAAGCUUCUUCGCAAUGAAAAAGGUUUCAAAGGCUCUGCCUUCAUUAUGUUUAAAUCAAUAGAGUCAGCAGAAGAAGCCAUAAAAUUAUCCAACACUGAAUUUUCCGGUAGAGUUCUAAAUAUCCGAUUUUCCCAUGAAAAAUCACCAAAACCGCGGCCUUAUAAAGGAGUCCAUACAAUUUUUAUUGGAAAUAUUCCAUGCAAUGUAGACGAAGACUGCCUUUACAGUUUCUUUAAAAAGUGUGGAGAAAUUAAAGAAGCAAGAAUCGCUGUUGAUUCUAAUGGCAACAAGCGAGGAUUCGCACAUCUAGAAUUUGAGUCUGUAGAAGCCGCAGACGCAGCUAUAGAACUAUCAGGCAAAAUUUUGGAUGGAAAAAUAUUAAAAAUCGAUUAUUCUGAAGAUAGAAUAAUAGAAAGCACACACAAUAAAGAAAAUCAUUUUACAAGGCCGCCAUUUGGGAAACUAAUAGAGAAAGCCAAAAGUGGAUAUAAAAGACUAUUUUAA